AUGCCUCGAAUCUCGCCCAGUUCAGUAAGAGCUUGCAACAGGGUAAACCGCUUUCUCAGGCUUCUUCUACCGGCGUGCAGGACAGUGGAACGCAGCAAUUUGGAAUUCAAAUGGAUCUCCAAUGAACUCAGCAGUUUAGAACAUCUAAACACCAACCGCAAAUUACGAGAGGCAAUAUAUAAUGCAUGUUUGCAACGGUUUCGGUAUUUGCCUUUGCAAUACAUACUUGGUUCUCAGCCAUUUGGGUCUUUGGAACUCGUGUGUCGAAAAGGAGUUCUUAUUCCUAGAUGGGAGACGGAAGAAUGGUCGUACGAGCUUGCUCACAGAAUAAGAAAGAAUGCCACGAACAAUAAGCAGAAGAUGGUAAUCUGGGAUCUGUGCUCUGGCUCGGGAUGCAUUGCUUUGCUGCUGAAACAAGAGUUGCAAGCUUUCAAGGAUGUAAAUAUAACAGCUUUAGACAUCUCGCAAAAAGCAAUCAGUCUGAUAAAAAGAAAUAUGGCAAGAAACGGCAUCAAGGAUGUUUCUGUGAUAUCCGCCGAUGUACUACAUAACCCGCCGAACCCUGGCUCGAUGAUUGAUAUUCUGGUGUGUAACCCACCCUAUAUUUCAGAGGACAGUUUUGUCAAAGAGACAAGUCGAUCAGUUAAGAUUCAUGAGCCAAGAUUGGCACUUGUUGGCGAUAAGGAAUUUUACCAAAACCUGAUCGAGCAUUGGUUGCCGAAGAUCAAUUCAUUCGUUUAUGAGAUUGGUGACAUCAAUCAAGCAGAUUUUGUUCACAACGCUAUUAUAAAUGAUACAGAAUUGAAUACAGUCUGGUCUACAGGCGUGAAACGUGAUGCAAACGGUAACCCUCGCGUUCUCUACGGUUUUCGAAAAAAUGGAAAAAACAAUACCUCGUUUAAAUAUCAUGAACUAUUUGACAAUUUUGGUAAGCUGAACUAG